AUGAAUGCUGCGGCAAGAAAAAAGCAUUGUAAUCUAUUAAUGUUUGACGUGCCAAAGCCAAGUUCUGGCGCCCCCCAAAAUCAAUCUUUUAUGAUAGAUUACACCACUUCCUUGGAGAAUAGCACUAUCCGUGCUCAAGAUAACUUCAUAUUUACCUCCUUUGUUGAGCCCAUGAGGGUAAGACCUCAAACUCCUACUAGGAAUGCGGCUCCUGAAUCCGAAGUUUUAACAAAGGAAGACGCAGGAAUCAAUUCGACAAAAAUCUCUAAUGACACAUCGAAGCGCACCCCAAGGCCGCCAAAUGCAUUUAUACUUUAUAGAAAAGCAAUGCAGUCGGAAAUAACUGCAAAAAAAGGAAAUAUUUCUAAUACAAAUAUCUCCCGAAUUCUGUCAAGACAGUGGAGAGAUGAAAAGGAAGAAGUCAAAUUAUAUUGGCGAAAAUUAGCCGAUAAAAAAAAGGUAGAACAUAUGGAGGCACAUCCUGGAUAUAUAUAUCGCCCUAAAAAGUCUGGGACUAAUAGUAAAAAAAGGUGUCGAAAAACCACCACCACUACCAACUCCACUCUUCCUCCCAAUACUACAUAUACUAAUACUCAUCUAAAUCAACCUUCUGCGCCCCUCUCAAUGGGGAAUAAUCCGACAUUAACUAUCAAUUCCCAACCCUCGUUUGAAAACUUCGAAUUUAAUGAUUUAUUGUGGGAUUUUUCGCAAGUUCCACAAUAUUAUGCGUUGCCAGAUUUCUAUAAUUAUUCAAAUGAAUAUCUGACAAAUGACUUUGAUCCCUAUUUUUAUUCGCAACAAUUGGAAGAAUUUCCGAUGUGCCAAUUUUACAAUAAUAAUUAA